AUGUAUUGCGACCUUAGCAGCAAGCUAGUGCUAGAGGCGAAAAGAGCGCAGCAAUUGAGCCGAAGUUCCGGGCCAGAACAGCUUCCUAUAUACCAGGAUGAGCUGGUGAGAAAUGUUGUGCGAGAAGUGGGUCAACUUCGCAAGAACGCCGAGUUUUUGAGGGCUCAGCAGGAGCAGAGCGAAGGUGGGGAUAAAGUAGCGCGCUGUCAGUAUUUCGUGACGCUGCUGUGCAUGGAACGCAACAAAAGAUGUCUUUUGGCGUACCAAAAACUGCGAAGUGACGCGCUCGACAGCAUCGCAUGGAACCGAAACGCGUCGUCUUCGGCGCCCGGUGCAAUGCAGCAAGCGGGUGCAAACUUGUCGCACUACGAACAGGAGUAUUUGAAGGACUACACCCAGCUCAUCGCCGAUAUGAAAAGCGGCGACUACACGGAUAUCGAUCUCUCCGGCUCGCUGACGCCGCCCAGCGACGUGUUCAUUGACGUGCGGGUUCUCAAAGAUGCAGGGGAGAUCCAAACCGAGUACGGUGUCUUCAACCUGAUCAAAGACUCGCAGUUUUUCGUCCGGCAGGCCGACGUGGAGCGACUCAUUCAACAGGGGUACUUGCAGAAGCUGUAG